AUGGAGGACUAUCCAAUAGAAGAUCUAUUGGUACCUCAUCCUUUGGACCCUUCAGGAAAUGCGGCUGCUCUGGAACACGAGGAGCCUGCAGGGCACAUCCUCCGCUCACCUGCUCCUAUGGCUGCUCGGGACUAUGAGGAGCCUAUAUUGCCAGUCCUCCCCUUACCUGCUCCUACUACUCCCCUAGACAAUGAGGAACCUAUUGUGCCGGUCCUCGCCUUACCUGCUCCUACUACUCCCCUGGACAAUGAGGAACCUAUUGUGCCGGUCCUCGCCUUACCUGCUCCUACUUCUGCUCUGGACCAUGAGGAGCCUAUUUUGCAGGUCCUCCCCCUUCCUGCUCCUGUUUCUCACCUGGACCAUGAAAGGCCUAUAAAGCGGGUCCUUCUUCUCCCUCCAGCCCUCCCUGUGGCUCCUCAUGCAGUCUUCGCACAGAAGGAGGCUGUAAUGGGCACGGAGACUGAUUUGAUCCAGAACCGGGUGGACGUGUUGGUUCACGAUUUAAUCCGAGUGUCUGGUGCACGUGUGUCUGCAGCCUUCCGGUAUAAGGUUGGGAUGAAACUAGUGCAGUUCGCCCAAACCUCAGAGGAGGCCUGUAAACUUGUGAGGCAGGCAAUGUUUGUGAAGAUGAUGAAUCUCCACCGGAAACAGGAUUGGGGGAAAAAGUUGGACAACCUCCACAGGUUCAUCAGGAGGUUUCCCUCCAUAUUUUUCAUCAUUGAACCCCAUCAUAUUUUAUACGGUAUUGAGGAUCACGAGAACCCUCUACUGGAUGCUCUUCCCCCACCUGCUCAGCUUGUGGCUCCCAUGGAGGACUAUCCAAUAGAAGAUCUAUUGGUACCUGAUCCUUUGGACCCUUCAGGAAAUGCGGCUGCUCUGGAACACGAGGAGCCUGCAGGGCACAUCCUCCGCUCACCUGCUCCUAUGGCUGCUCUGGACUAUGAGGAGCCUAUAUUGCCAGUCCUCCCCUUACCUGUUCCGGACCAUGAGGAGCCUAUAGUGCCGCUCCUCCCCUUACCUGCUCCUACUUCUGCUCUGGACGAUGAGGAGCCUAUAAUGCCGGUCCUCCCCCUUCCUGCACCUACUUCUCACCUGGACCAUGAAAGGCCUAUAAUGCGAGUCCUUUCUCUCGCUCCUGCCCUUCCUGUGGCUCCUCAUGCAGUCUGCGCACAGAAGGAGGCUGUCAUGGGCACGGAGACUGAUUUGAUCCAGAACCGGGUGGACGUGUUGGUUCACGAUUUAAUCCGAAUGUCUGGUGCACGUGUGUCUGCAGCCUUCCGGUAUAAGGUUGGGAUGAAACUAGUGCAGUUCGCCCAAACCUCAGAGGAGGCCUGCAAACUUGUGAGGCAGGCAAUGUUUGUGAAGAUGAUGAAUCUCCACCGGAAACAGGAUUGGGGGAAAAAGUUGGACAACCUCCACAGGUUCAUCAGGAGGUUCCCCUCCAUAUUCUUCAUCAUUGAACCCCAUCAUAUUUUAUACGGUAUUGAGGAUCACGAGAACCCUCUGCUGGAUGUUCUUCCCCCACCUGCUCAGCUUGUGGCUCCCAUGGAGGACUAUCCAAUAAAAAAUCGAUUGGUACCUGAUCCUGUGGACCCUUCAGUAAAUGCGGCUGCUCUGGAACAGGAGGAACCUGCAGGGCACAUCCUCCACACACCUGCUCUUAUGGCUGCUCGGGACUAUGAGGAGCCUAUAUUGCCAGUCCUCCCAUUACCUGUUCCGGACCAUGAGGAGCCUCUAGUGCCGCUCCUCCCCUUACCUGCUCCUACUUCUGCUCUGGACGAUGAGGAGCCUAUAGUGCCGGUCCUUCCCUUACCUGCUCCUACUUCUGCUCUGGACCAUGAGCAGCCUAUUUUGCCGGUCCUCCCCUUACCUGCUUCUACUUCUGCUCUGGACCAUGAGGAGCCUAUAGUGCCGGUCCUCCCCUUACCUGCUUCUACUUCUGCUCUGGACCAUGAGGAGCCUAUAAUGCCAGUUCUCCCCUUACCUGCUUCUACUUCUGCUCUGGACCAUGAGGAGCCUAUAGUGCCGGUCCUCCCCUUACCUGCUUCUACUUCUGCUCUGGACCAUGAGGAGCCUAUAAUGCCAGUUCUCCCCUUACCUGCUUCUACUUCUGCUCUGGACCAUGAGGAGCCUAUAGUGCCAGUUCUCCCCUUACCUGCUUCUACUUCUGCUUCUGACCAUGAGGAUCCUACAUUCCAGGUCCUUCCCUCACCUGCUCCUGUGGCUUCUAUGGUCCUUCUCCCUCCAGCCCUCCCUGUGGCUCCUCAUGCCCAGACUCCCUUGCACAAGCGUCGUGCAUGUGCUGCAGUGAAACAAAAAAGGUCCAGAUUGUGCUCUGCCCUACCUCAACAUUCACAUCCUCCUGUCUGGCCCUCACCAACCAAGCCAUCCAUGACUUCCUCACACAAGCGUCGUGCUCCUCAUCAACUACAGCCACAUAAUGCAGAUCCAGAAGAGGAGAUGGAAGUAGAAAGCAGUUAUGUUGCUCAGAAUCCAUCUCCUCCUGUCUGGCCCUCAGCAAAGCCAUUGCCUCCUCAGACCUCUAGAUCUUUGUGCAAGCGUUUUGCUGCUUCAACCCUACAGCCACAUAAUGUAGAACCAGUAGAGGAGAUGGAGGUUCAAAGCAGUUAUGUGGCUCAGAAUCCAUCUCCUCCUGUCUGGCCCUCAGCAAAGCCAUUGCCUCCUCAGACCUCUACAUCUUUGUGCAAGCGUUUUGCUGCUUCAACCCUACAGACAAAUAAUACAAACGCAGUAGAGGAGAUGGAGGUUCAAAUCAGUUAUGUGGCUCAAAAUUCUCCUUCACGCAAGCGUUGCGCUUCUCCUACCACACAGCUAAAUAGGACGAAUGCAGUUAAGAUGGAGGUGAUGGCAAAAAAACCCAGGUUGUGUUUGGCAACACACAGCACUGCACCUCAACUUCCAUCUCCUCACAUCGCAUCUUCUUCCAAGUUUCCACCCCGCCAGACUCCGAUUCCCUUAAAAAAGAGUGGGAUGAUAUGCAUGAGACGAGUUUUUUAUCCAUACAAUGUGGGUAGCAUUAAAGCACGGUCACAGUGAAGAGUGAUGUU